AUGUUGCCACUGUUACUCCAAUUAUUAGCUUCAACAAUUAUAAUCAGUACCAUUCAUGGCCACCAAUAUGUAAUUAAACAAGAUUUUCGUAGUUCUUACCAGUACAACUCAUUUUCGGUGCUUACAAACGAUAUCGGACGAUUAAUCUAUCGUAUCGAAACACAAUAUUCUCUAACAUAUUCCGGAACUAUUAAAUCUAUAUUACCAUUGAGUGAUUUUAUCAUUGUCGCGCGUAUUGAUACAUUUCUUGGAUCAAAUUUUAUCUUUACCUUUCGUAUACUCGAUCCUCGUUUGGGAAUAUGGAUAGAUGGGCGAAUCUCUCAACGAUCAAUGCUUAUCUAUGUAAUCGAAUUGAAUUCUUAUCAACAGAUUAUUGUUGAAACAUCGCCACCACGCACACCACAAAUGUCUUCACUAUACACUGUACGGUUUCGUGACGCGCUAAUGACAAAUAAAAUCUAUGCUGAUUAUAUGCAACGAUCACCUUGGGCGUCUGUCUAUGAUAUACGUUUAUUUAGUAAUGAAUAUCCGCUUGAAUUGUAUCUUGUUGGGUUCGCUGUUGUACAACGACGAACUGAAAUAAUAUUAUAA